AAUUCAGCAGAAUACAGUUACAGCUUUGAUUUUAGUCUUAGAUUUAGAUUCAGAUUAAAGCAAUCUAUAUAUAUAUAUAUAUAAGGAAAAGAUUUUCAAUCAUAAUCACAGUUUAAGUUUUCGAUUGAUGAUAAUGGGGCGUUUUGCGCUGCUUCUCUUCCUAGCAUUCUCGACAGUGCAGUUCCUCUGCUUCGCCGCUGAUGGUGAUGAUGAUGUGGUAUUCUAUGAUUCAUUUGAAGAGCCAUUCGAUGGGCGAUGGACUCUCUCCAGUAAAGAUGAUUAUAAAGGUGUAUGGAAGCAUUCAAAGAGCGAAGGGCACGACGACUACGGGCUUCUCGUGAGUGAGAAGGCACGGAAGUAUGCAAUUGUGAAAGAGCUCGAUAAACCUUUGGGUCUCAAGGAUGGGACCACUGUGCUUCAGUUCGAGACUCGCUUCCAGAACGGACUUGAAUGUGGUGGUGCAUAUCUUAAAUACCUUAGACCUCAGGGGUCAGGAUGGAAGCCUGAGGACUUCGACAAUGAAUCCCCUUACGCUAUCAUGUUUGGACCCGACAAAUGUGGGCUAACAAACAAGGUGCACUUCAUCCUGAAGCAUAAGAAUCCUAAAAGUGGGGAAUUUGCUGAGCAUCAUCUCGGUAACCCGCCGGUCGUUCCAUCGGACAAGCUUACUCAUGUGUACACUGCCAUCUUGAGGCAUAACAACGAGGUUAGAAUUUUGGUUGAUGGACAGGAGAAGGCGAAGGCGAACUUCCUCUCAGCUGACGAUUUUGAUCCUCCACUUAUCCCUUCUAAGACAAUUCCGGACCCAGAUGAUAAGAAACCCAAGGACUGGGAUGAUGAUGCCAAAAUUCCUGAUCCAAACGCUGUGAAGCCAGAUGAUUGGGAUGAGGAUGCACCUAUGGAAAUUGAAGAUAAGGAGGCUGUAAAACCGGAAGGGUGGUUAGACAAUGAGCCUGAGGAGAUAGAUGAUCCCGAGGCAUCCAAGCCUGAUGAUUGGGACGAUGAAGAGGAUGGUGAAUGGGAGGCCCCCAAAAUCGAUAACCCAAAAUGUGCAGCAGCCCCUGGUUGUGGUGAAUGGAAGAGACCGAUGAAGUCGAAUCCAGAUUAUAAGGGAAAAUGGAAUCCUCCUCUAAUUGACAACCCCAAUUACAACGGUAUUUGGAAGGCUCGGGAUAUCCCAAACCCGAAAUACUUUGAGGUCGACAAGCCUGACUUUGAGCCUAUUGCUGCAAUUGGUAUUGAGAUUUGGACCAUGCAAGACGGUAUAUUGUUUGACAAUAUUUUGGUAGCCAAAAACGAGAAGGUUGCUAAGUCAUAUCGGGAUACGCAAUGGAAGCCGAAAUUCGAGAUCGAAAGGAGAAAACUGAAGGCUGAAGAAGCCGAUGGUUCGGACGAGCUUGAAGGUUUCCAGAAGAAGGUAUUCGAUGUCAUAUACAAGGUUGCUGAUAUUCCUUUCUUAAGCGCAUACAAACUUGAAAUCCUCGAUUUAGUUGAGAGGGCUGAGAAACAACCCAACCUCACCAUAGGUCUCCUGGUCUCAAUUGUGGUGCUCAUUGUCACGGUUUUCUUCAUGUUCAUUUCUGGUGGGAAGAAACAACCGAGUGUAGAGAAAAAAACAGAGGUCGCUGAGACGUCAAAGGAUCAAGGAAGCAGCGGAGAGAAGGAAGGUGGAGAGGAAGAGAACAAAGAAACGGCCGGUGCUCCCCGCCGGAGGAGACGUGAAACUUGAAACAUGUCGAAGAAAAAGAAGAGAGCGUUGCUGGUGAUUAUAAGUUUCACUUUUGGGCAAAAUUUUUGCUAUUUUGGUUGGUAUUUGUUGAUUUUUUUUGGUUUCACUUCCGAAUGUGCAGAGGUGUGAAUGAAAGAAGAGAGUGUAGAUGAGACGUUUUGUUGUUACUGCCUAAGCACGGUUUGAGCAUUUGAAGUUUAUUUAUGAAAUGACUGCCAAAGCAUGGCUUUUGUCAA